GUAAAACGUCAGUGAACCUAAAUUUGUCUAAAUAAAAUGCUAUCUGUUUUGAUGGUGGCCGAGAAGCCGUCUCUGGCGGCGUCCUUGGCGCAAAUAUUAAGCAAUGGAAAAAACACAUCAAGAAAAGGUUUUAAUGGGGCUUGCUCUGUGCACGAAUGGAAUGGGACGUUCAAAAACUCGCAGGCGAGGUUCAAAAUGACUUCAGUGUGCGGGCAUGUGCUUGGGGUGGAUUUUAUAAGUAAAUACAACAAUUGGGAUCGUGUUGAUCCCGUAGAGUUGUUUGGGUGCGCCAUAGAGAAAAAAGAGGCGAUGCCCAAGCUAAAAAUGCCUGCGUUUUUGGCCGCAGAAGCCAAGGGCUGCGAUUGCUUGGUAUUGUGGCUCGAUUGCGAUAAAGAGGGCGAAAAUAUAUGUUUUGAGGUUAUGAAUUCCGUUGCGAGUAGCAUGAAGGGUAACGUUUUAUCCGACUCGGUAACGUACAGAGCGAAAUUCUCCGCCAUCACCGAUAAAGACAUCAAAGCGGCUUUUAACAAUCUCGGAAAACCCAAUGAGAAUGAGGCUAAAAGUGUAGACGCUAGACAAGAGUUGGAUCUUAGGAUCGGGUGCGCCUUUACAAGGUUUCAGACCAAGUUUUUUCAAGGUCGCUACGGGGAUUUGGACGCCUCCUUGAUAUCAUACGGCCCCUGUCAGACGCCUACUUUAGGUUUUUGCGUGCAACGCCACGACCAGAUUCAGACUUUCAAACCUGAGUCGUACUGGGUUGUGCAAGCAAACAUAACCACAAAAGAUGGGCAGGAAGUUUCUUUGGAGUGGCAGAGAGGGCGCAGUUUCGAUAGGGAAGUUGCCUUGAUGUUUCUACAAAUGAUCAAAGACCAAAGAAAUGCAAAGGUUACAAAUGUGUCGAAAAAAGAAAAAUCCAAGCCCCGGCCGGCCGCAUUAAACACUGUAGAGCUAAUGAGAGUGGCCAGUUCAGGUUUGGGUAUGGGGCCCCACCAAGCAAUGCAGAUUGCAGAAAGGUUGUAUAUACAGGGUUACAUAAGUUACCCUAGAACUGAGACCACAAGAUAUCCUGAGAAUUUCGAUUUGGUGGGGACACUCAGGCAGCAGCAGAAUAGUUCUGAGUGGGGGGAAGACGUUAAAAUGAUUCUUGCACAGGGAGUGAAUAGGCCCAAGUCUGGGCAUGAUGCAGGUGACCAUCCUCCCAUAACUCCGAUGAAGUCGGCUUCACGCAACGAGCUAGAAGGCGAUGCCUGGAGACUGUACGAUUACAUAACCCGGCAUUUCAUAGGAACUUUGGCGAAAGACUGCAAAUAUCUGUCAACUACCGCGACGAUUUACAUUGGCGAAGAAAUGUUUACCGUGACAGGAAAAACGCUGAUCGACCCAGGUUUUACCAACGUCAUGACUUGGCACGCCUUCGGCAAAAACGAGAUAGUCCCGAACCUAAGCGAAAACGAGUCGGUUCCCGUGAAAGAGGUCCGGUUGACCGAACACCAAACCUCCCCUCCCGACUAUCUAACCGAAUCCGAGCUGAUCACCCUGAUGGAAAAACACGGCAUCGGCACCGACGCCUCCAUCCCCGUCCACAUAAACAACAUCUGCCAGCGGAAUUACGUGACCGUCACCCCCACAGGCAGAAAGUUGAAACCUACGACGCUGGGCAUCGUCCUGGUGCACGGAUACCAAAAGAUUGACUCUCAACUAGUUUUGCCAACUAUGCGUUCCGCCGUUGAGGAACAACUAAACUUAAUAGCAGCUGGAAAAGCCAACUUCCAGGCUGUUUUAAAACACACUGUAGAAAUUUUCAAACUGAAAUUUCAAUAUUUCGUUAAAAACAUCGACGGAAUGGACCAACUUUUCGAAGUUUCGUUUUCGCCGCUUAGCGCUAGCGGUAAAGCACAUUCAAGGUGCGGUAAAUGUCGAAGGUACAUGAAACUAAUACAGGCCAAACCUCAAAGACUGCAUUGUCCCCAAUGCGACGAGACGUUCAGUUUGCCUCAAAAUGGUACGGUAAAAUUGUUUAAGGAAUUGAAAUGUCCUUUGGACGAUUUCGAGUUACUUUGCUGGACGAUGGGAAAUAAAGGGAAGAGUUUUGUUUUUUGUCCUUAUUGCUACAACAAUCCACCUUUCAACGAUACGAAAAAGGGCAACGGUUGCAAUUCUUGCACGCACCCGACUUGCGCAUACAGUUUAAAUUCAAAUGGCGUAUGCGCUUGCGCGGAAUGCGAAUACGGAGUCCUCGUUUUGGACCCAUCGUCCGGGCCAAAAUGGAAAUUGGGGUGCAAUAGAUGCGACACUAUAAUAAACCUCUUCGACGACGCGCAAAAAAUAACCGUGCUCGAAGAUACGUGCGACUGCGGCUCGCAAAUGGUAAACGUCGAAUACAAAGCGGAAAAGACGAAGUUACCGAACGGAGCUUUGGAAGCGAAAGGUUGCGUUUUCUGCUGCAACGAGUUCGGGAGACUGGUCGACAAACCAAAGGCGGCUGUGGCCUCCAGGGCCCCCAGACCCUUCAGGGGCGGCAAGGCUGCCGGUGGUGGGGGCAGGGGCCGAGGCAGGGGGGGCAGAGGCCGCCCACCGAAGGAUAAGAUGGCUCAACUGGCUGCUUAUUUUGUAUAAAAGUGUUAUUUAUACCUACUAAUUUUUUGGUACUAAUCCACACUGAUAUUACUAAGAAUUAUACAUUAGACGGCCAAAAAAAUCGACUAUUUUUUUUUGUAAAUUGUAUCGAAAAUAUUGUUUGGGGUAACAAAAAAAAAAUAUGGUGAAAGUUUGAGUCCAU